AUUAACCCUUGAAUAAUCUUUUUAAUGACUUGGGACAACAGUUUACACAAGCUACAGGCAUUAUUCAUGCAGUUACAUUAUUAGCAUUGUAAAGUGAGAGCUAAUUUGUAAAUGCUGCAUAAAUGUAUGUAGCCUACUUACUGCCGGCAAAUUACAGAUGUAAUCAAGGGUAGCCUAUAUAGGCCUACUGUAUGUUUUUGCAGUCAAUUAUUUAGAUCGUUUCAAAACUGUUACAUGUACACACAGGGCAUCCUCCCUAACCGUGAGGAAAUAGAGUAGUGCUACAAAAGUUUUGCUCAAAGUUACCUGUGCAAUUUCAAUAGAUGCUGAGUGUUGGCAGUGUGUCACACCAUUCUAGUUUAAUCAGCACAACCAGAGGAUGCACUUGUCAAAUUACAAAGUGUCAGUCCUGCAGAUGGUUUGUGGCCAUGCCUCUUGCUUGGGGCCAGAUUUGUCACUGCGAUGAAUGAAACGAGUCUGGGUAUUGACAUGAGGGGCGAGACACUACCUUUUCUCAUUAAUGGGGCUGGCUUUGUGUGUUUGAAUAAAAUACUGAAUUUAUACAAAUUUGUUGAUUGUUGUAAGCAGAGCUCUAAAUUAAUAGUUUUCAUUGGUAGCACUGGUGGUCUCAACUUUAAAAUGUUAGUUUAAACAAAUAUGAUACAAAUGUAACAACAGCUGCACCGGACAUACAACACAAACAUAACAAAUGUGUUUGCGCCCAAUGGCGCAAAUAUAAUUUUGCCAUUCGGUGCACUGGUGCUAUCAAAUCAACAUUCCAGGUCACACAGCACAAUAUUUAGGAGCAUAUGCCACCAAGACGGUUGCAAGCCGAGCAUGUAAGUCAAUGUACGAAUGCCACACAUCAACCUUGGAGUUCUGCUUGGCUUAGUCUCUGUGAGAGUCAAUAUAUAUAUUUUAAUUUAAACUCUAAAAGGAACACAAUUUGAAGCCAAAAGGGAAGUGGAUUUUGUGUUGGGUUUGAAAGUAGCUAAUAAAAUAGUUUUGUUGCAUUGGGUGUGCUUUGCCUCCCUUUUUUGUCUGGGAGAUCAGGAGUAACAGUGGUAAUAAACGUCUCUCCCUUUUUCUGUCUCUCUGUCUUUGCUGUUUUAUCCUUUCUUAAUUCUUGUUUGAUUAACCUUGUAAGUGGUGAAAGAGCUCAUAACUCUCUCUCUUCCUCUCUCCUCCCUUCCUCCCCAUCUAACUCUCUCGCUCUCUCCUCCCUUUUUUCUUGGCUCAUGGUCUAUCUGGGAGGCACACAGUGUUGGAAAGUUUGACUUGCUGUGGCAGUCAGUGGUGCAAGUUGCAGUGGUGAGGUCUCGUGUUUGACCAAGAACAGCGAGAGGGAGAAGGUUUUAGAUGUAGUUCGAACUGAAUGUGCCGGAGGGCCGCCAUUGAAGUGGUGGAAGUAGAUGUCUGUGAAUUGGAAACGCGAUUAGAGAAGCUGGUGAAGCAGUGCCACUCCAUGCUAGAGGCUGGCAGGGCCUACUGUCAGACGAGCAAGAGCUUUGUCACAGGGCUCAAAGAGCUGGGCCACCACUGUUCUGGGGACAACAUGAUGGGGGAGUGUUUGGAGAAAUUCUCCAGGAAGCUGGCAGUGAUUCUGGAAGCUCAGGGGGAAGUGAUUGAAAGCACACAGAAGUCGGUGAAGUUGAAGUUGCUGAGUUUUGUGAAAGAGGACGUGCGUCGGUUCAAAGAUGUGCGUAAGGAGUUUGAGCGGGGCAGUGAGAGUCUGGAGGCAGCAUUGGGGAGGAACGCUCAGGCCCCCCGGGGAAAACAGCACGAGGUAGAAGAGGUCAGCCAUGCCCUCCUCAACGCCCGCAAGACCUUCCGCUCCGGAGCCCUCGACUACGUACUGCAGAUCAAUGUCAUCGAGGCCAAGAAGAAGACCGACAUCCUGAUGGCGAUGGUGUCUAUGAUGGAGGCCCAGUCCCAGUUCUUCCAGCAAGGUCACCAGUCCCUCUCGGAGCUGGACGACUACCGCCGCACCCUGAGUGAAGAGCACACUCAACUAGUGUUGAAUUCCGCCAGGGAGAAGAGAGACAUGGAACAGAGACACGAGGCCAUUAAGAAAAAGGAUGUCUCCUACGAUAACUCCUUAAUGGAUUUCUGUGCUGAUGCCGCCAACGGUAUUGCCAUGGAGGGCUACCUGUAUAAGAGAGCUAGCAACGCCUUCAAGACCUGGAGCAGGCGCUGGUUCUCUAUUCAGAAAAAUCAACUGGUCUAUCAGAAGAAAUUCAAGGAUCAGCCCACAGUAGUGAUUGAGGAUCUGCGUCUUUGUACAGUGAAGGUCUGCGUUGACAACGAGAGACGAUUCUGCUUCGAGGUGGUCUCUCCAUCCAAGAGCUGUCUGUUACAGGCAGACUCCGAGCGUCAGCAGCAGGGCUGGAUCAGUGCUGUCCAGAACAGCAUUGCUUCAGCCUUCCAGGAACGCAGAGAAGACCCACACUGUUCCAGGGAGCAUUGCAGCUCUGUGUCGGGAGGCAGCCCAGGAGGAGGGCUGUGUGGGGAGCAGGAGAAGACGGGGGGCCGCGAGGCUCUGGAGGAGGUCCAGGCCAUCCCGGGGAACAUGCAGUGCUGCGACUGUGGAGAGCCCGGUCCGGACUGGGCCUCUAUCAACUUGGGGAUCACGCUCUGCAUCGUCUGCUCGGGGAUACACAGGAGUCUGGGCGUCCAUUUCUCCAAAGUACGCUCCCUCACCCUGGACUCCUGGGAACCAGAGCUGGUCCGGUUGAUGUGUGAGUUGGGAAACACAGCCAUCAACAGGAUCUACGAGGGGCGAAUUGAUGAGAUCACCAUCAAGAAACCUCACCCGUCCAGUCCAAGGGGUGAUAAGGAGUCGUGGAUUCGUUCUAAGUACGUGGAGAAGAAGUUCAUCCAGAAGCUCCCGGAGACGGGACGUAAAGCUCCCCUGCGGCGCUCCAGCGCCCGGAGGAACAGAGCUAACACCCAGGAGAGGCCAGCCGGGUCACGACCCCCACUCAAACCCAAACCCACCCGGGCCACCCUGCCACGACUCGCAGGGCUUGAUCAGAGUGACCUUGUCCAAAAGAACAAUACGGGCAUUCACAAAGAUGAUGAAGAUGACGAAGAGGAGGACCUGUCUGGUCUUCAUCCCGGGGCGUUGUUAUACCGGUCUGCAGCGCUGCAGCAUUUCCCUGUCAUGGCCGACGCCCUGGCCCACGGAGCUGACGUCAACUGGGUCAACACAGCCGAGGAGUCCAGCACCCCACUCCUACAGGCCGUCACCGCGAACUCCUUGGCAGCGUGUGAGUUCCUGCUACAGAACGGUGCCAAUGUCAACACAGCAGACAGCAACAGGAGAGGACCUCUACACCAUGCCACUAUACUGGGACACACUGGGCUUGUGUGUCUGUUCCUGAAGCGAGGGGCGGACUACAACGCCAGAGACAACACCCAGAAAGACCCCAUUACUAUCGCCGUGGAGACAGCCAACGCUGACAUCGUCACCCUGCUGCGAAUUGCCAAGAUGAACAAGGAGAUGCGGGAGAUGGAUGGAGCCUUUGGCCAACCAGGUGAUGAAACGUACCAGGACAUCUUCAGGGACUUCUCUCACAUGGCAUCUAACAACCCGGAGAAACUCAAGCGCCGCAGUACAGACUUUAAAACUUGACCUACCCAACAGCUGGUUCUUUUGUAUGCUGUUGUUAUGCUGUUUUCCUUCUUCUUUUUUUGUCACACACACACACGCCGACACAGACAAACACACAUUUGCUGGCCACCUGCUCUGCGUUAGGUCAUUGCUCAGCUGGUGAUUACUUUAGUAGCGGCUCCAGUCCAACAGUAAUGUCUUUGUGUUUGGCUGCCAGAGGAGAACACUCGGGCUUAGUGGCUACAUGAGACACUUGUUGGAGGAGAUAGAAGAUGUACAGCCUAAUAAUGACAGCUAAUACAGUAAUAACUUCCCAUUGAAUGAUUUAUUUCCUAAUUUAAUUUGGUUAACCAUAGUCUAGCGGAGCCAUCCGACCCUAAUCUCGUUGACUUGACUAUAAGGCUAGGUUUCCCACAACUACUGUUGAACAAAAAAAAAUCAAUUUUAAUAGCUGUGUUGCUUUCUGUUGAUCCUCCUCAAUGUAUUGUUGUGACAGAAAGAAAAGGAGGGAUAUGUUUGAAGCAAAGGGUUAAACAGUUGUAUGUGCUCUUAUACGUUUCUUCAUAUUUUUGGAUGUGAUGUUGUUUCUUUGUAUAUCAUGUUUAUUUUGGGGGGGGGGGGGGUCUAUUGACUGCAUGAGGUACAAGAGAUGUGUUUCUUGCGGAAAAUUAAAAUACCAGAGUUCAUUUCA